CGCGGGGUUCUUUCUUAAAGAGAAGAGAAAAGGUGGGGGUGAGGCAGGGGACGAGGGUGAGAGUCUGAAACCCUAGAUUGGCAUUGGCAGCGAAAAUGCAGAUAUUCGUGAAAACCCUAACAGGGAAGACUAUCACCCUUGAGGUGGAGUCUUCGGACACGAUCGAUAAUGUGAAGGCCAAGAUCCAAGACAAGGAAGGCAUCCCUCCCGAUCAGCAGCGCCUCAUCUUUGCUGGAAAGCAGCUCGAGGAUGGAAGAACCCUAGCAGAUUACAACAUCCAGAAGGAGUCUACCCUUCACUUGGUUCUUCGUCUCAGGGGAGGAGCUAAGAAGCGAAAGAAGAAGACCUACACCAAACCCAAGAAGAUCAAGCACAAGAAGAAGAAGGUUAAGCUUGCUGUGCUUCAAUUCUACAAGGUUGAUGAUUCCGGAAAGGUUCAGAGACUCAGGAAGGAGUGCCCUAAUGGUGAGUGUGGCGCUGGGACUUUCAUGGCUAACCAUUUCGAUCGUCACUACUGCGGCAAAUGUGGACUUACGUACGUCUACCAGAAGGCUGGAGGUGAGUGAGAGAGAGAGGUGACGUCCCUGCUGGGUCUAUAGACUGCGAAUAUCGUUAGUGUCUUAUGUAUUUUUUGUUCUGAGAUGUUUGAUUAUCGUUGUGGGAAUACUUCUUUUUAAUACUCAAUUGCAUUUUCUGAGCUCGACAUUUUUAUUUCUA